AUGCGCGGCUACGGAUCGAUGAUUCUCGUCAAGUGGCUGGGGUUCGCAAACAAAUCUUGCUUGGUCUACGAGGGCUGCGAGGGCGAGGGCGGUUCAUUGGGAACAUUGCAGCAGAACCCCACCAUAGACCUGUUCUGGUCUAAUUGCUUGCAGGGCGGUUUGCGACGGCAUAAUCUGCCAUUCAACGGAAGUUUACAAUUGGGCCGUGAGACGACAAGGCACGACGCCUACGACAAAAUGCCGAAGCGGAAGAGAGAUGAUCUUCAGGAGAAGCUGGAGCAGCACAGCACGGCGCUCUCCCGAGCGCUGAAAGUUGCAAAGGGUUUUGAGAGACAGCGCAUGGCAAAACGGCUGCGCGAUCCCCAGUCAACCCGAGAGAAGAGAGCCAGAAUAGAGAAGGAGAUCGAGGUGCUGAAGUCACUCGACUUACACUCCGUCGCUCACGCCCAUCUCUGCUCAGCCCUGUUGAGGAUCAAGGCUGUUGCCGAAUCCCCGAGACUACCAGACGAGGUCAAGAAUGGCGUCGCAAAACCCGACAUCUCGGAGGAAGAGCGGGCGGCUCUACACAAUGUCACCAGUGGGCUCAACAAUCAGCCCAAGGUCCGGGCAACACUGGAGGCAGCCAUCGCCGACAUUUGCCGCGUCCUACAGGUACCAGUGCCCGACAAGAAGGGCAGGUUAAAGAAAGGAGACAAGAAGAAGAGCGAGCCGGCGACGAGGAAGGAGCCAGAAGAACAGCCCGCAGACAGGGCCGCGAAGAAUGCGCCGGAAGAAAAGGGGACCAAGAAUGAGGGAAAGCAUGUCAAGAGCAAAGCUUUGUCAGAGGAUCGAAACUCGGACGAUGAGGAAUCAGAAUGGGGCGGUCUGUCCGAACACGACGAUGACGAAGAGAUAGUGGAGAAGGCCCUUUCGCGCUUCGACGACAGACUCGGGGGCUUCGAUUCCGACAACGCGGAGUCUGACGGUGACGAAGAAUACGACACGGCCAACGAGGAGCUCGAUCCCAUGGAAAUCACAGAUGAGUCUGCGUCUGAGGAGUCGGACAGCGAUGAGCCAGGCUCGCAGUCUGGCGAGGAUGAGGAUGGAUCGAGCGACUCAGAGGAGGGAUCUGUGUCUGGAUCUGAGUCCGAGUCAGAGUCCGGAUCCCAAUCCGAUUCUGAUUCUGAUGUCUCCGCUAUAUCACCACCACCCAAGGCGUCGCGGAAGGAAUUGAAAAAGGUUGAACAGAUUCGGAGGGAAGGCGGAGCUCUUCCCAGCCUGAUGGGGGGUUACAUUUCCGGCUCGGAAUCCGAGGCGUCUGAUAUUGACGUGGCACCGGCUGCACGAAAGAACAGGAGAGGCCAGCGGGCUCGACAGGCGAUAUGGGAAAAGAAGUUCAAAGAAAAGGCCAAACAUCUAGCCCAAGACAAGCCCGGUCGGGACUCCGGGUGGGAUUUGAAGCGCGGCGCGGUAGACGGCAGUGAGAGGACGCCAUGGAAGAAGGGCAUCAAGACGCCGUUCGAGAAGAGAUCGGACGACCGGCACGACUGGCAGGAGUAUGCUGCCCCCGAACCCAAGCGUCCUAGGCCGCCGACGAAGAAGGACGACGAGGGCCCGUUGCAUCCCAGCUGGGAGGCACGGAAAAAGGCGAAGGAGGCGCAGGAGACGGCGGCUUUCCAAGGCAAGAAGAUCACAUUUGAUUGA